CAAAAUUAAACAGUGUAACUGGAGAGAUCUCUUCCCCGUGUCUACCGUCUGAUUCACGUACGAUUAUUACAGAUAAAAUAGUGAACUCCGGAGCAAUUUUGCCGUGUGGAAAAGUAUUUGAAACCAGUAAUACUAAUACGAUUAUAAAUGGCCACUUUGGAGGAUAAAUCUAUUUGGGAAGAUGGAGAGGAAACUUUGGGAGAAGACGUUCUGCGUAUGUCAACAGAUGAGAUAGUGUCUCGUUCUCGUUUGUUGGAUAACGAGAUCAAAAUAAUGAAGAGCGACGUGAUGCGUAUCUCCCAUGAGCUGCAGGCGCAAAAUGAAAAAAUAAAAGAGAACACUGAAAAGAUCAAGGUGAACAAAACAUUGCCCUAUCUUGUGUCAAAUGUUAUUGAACUUUUGGAUGUUGAUCCUCAAGACAUGGGAGAGGAAGAUGGAGCAGUGGUGGAUUUGGAUGCACAGCGAAAAGGAAAAUGUGCUGUAAUCAAAACUUCAACUCGUCAAACAUACUUUUUACCUGUGAUAGGACUUGUUGACGCUGAAUCACUAAAACCAGGAGAUUUGGUAGGCGUCAACAAAGAUAGUUAUCUGAUUCUGGAAACUUUACCAGCUGAAUAUGAUGCUAGGGUUAAAGCAAUGGAAGUAGAUGAACGGCCCACGGAACAAUAUUCCGAUAUCGGAGGUCUAGAUAAACAGAUUCAGGAAUUAAUUGAAGCUGUUGUUUUGCCCAUGACACAUAAAGAGAAGUUUGAAAAUCUUGGAAUCCAACCACCUAAAGGUGUACUUCUGUAUGGACCUCCUGGCACAGGGAAGACUUUACUAGCAAGAGCCUGUGCAGCACAGACUAAAUCAACUUUUCUCAAAUUAGCUGGGCCCCAAUUGGUUCAAAUGUUUAUUGGUGAUGGAGCCAAACUUGUCCGAGAUGCGUUCUCUUUGGCAAAAGAAAAAGCCCCAGCUAUCAUAUUCAUCGAUGAGUUGGACGCUAUUGGUACAAAGAGAUUUGAUUCAGAAAAGGCCGGAGAUAGAGAGGUACAGAGAACGAUGUUGGAGUUGCUUAACCAGCUAGAUGGGUUCAGCUCUAAUGCGGAUAUCAAAGUAAUAGCGGCAACUAACAGAGUAGACAUAUUGGAUCCUGCACUGCUUAGGUCAGGACGUUUGGAUAGAAAGAUCGAAUUUCCUCACCCAAAUGAAGAAGCAAGAGCUCGUAUUAUGCAAAUACACUCCCGUAAAAUGAACAUGUCUCCUGAUGUAAAUUUCGAAGAAUUAUCUAGAUCUACAGAUGACUUCAAUGGAGCACAAUGCAAGGCUGUAUGCGUAGAAGCGGGAAUGAUCGCUUUGAGACGUAACGCAACUGCUGUUACUCAUGAAGAUCUAAUGGAAGCUAUUAUGGAAGUACAGGCCAAAAAGAAGGCAAACCUUAACUACUAUUCUUAGAUAUUUUUCGUGUGCCUAUGUGGAUUCAAAUUUUUUUUUAUAAAUAAAUGACGUGAAGAAUUUCAGAUCGUCGCCUAUCAAACCUAGAGCUUCAUCAAUUGUUAACAUGCAGGUACUGAAAAAUAUUAUCAUUCGUAUUAAGGCUGGAUAUAUUUUCAACGGAGUUUAUAAUUUGCACAUUCUCAAUGAUCACUUGAUGCUUCAUUUCAAAUGUAUUAGUACUAAGUGCAUAAUAAACCCAUGUAUGCCCUAUAA